AUGGGUGCUGCUGCCUUCUUCUACUACCUCUUGUUGUCCCUCUGGUUUCGGGAUGCAACUGCGGCUGGUCUUGGCUUCACAAGAAGUGAUUUCCCACGGCCACGAGAGUUCGUCUUUGGAGCUGGAACGUCGGCAUAUCAAUAUGAAGGUGCUGUUGCUGAGGAUGGCAGGAGCCCAAGCAGUUGGGACACUUUCACUCACGCAGGCAAAAUGCCUGACAAAAGCACAGGAGAUGUUGCUGCAAAUGGGUACCACAAAUACAUGGAGGAUGUCAAGCUCAUGUCUGAGACAGGCCUAGAGGCCUAUAGGUUCUCCAUCUCCUGGUCAAGGCUCAUUCCAAAUGGACGCGGAACUGUCAAUCCCAAAGGGCUAGAGUACUACAAUAACCUCAUUGAUGAGCUAGUGAAUCAUGGAAUUCAAGUCCACAUCACACUUCAUCAUCUAGACCUCCCUCAGAUUCUUCAAGACGAGUAUGGUGGAUGGUUAAGCCCCAGAAUUAUCGAAGAUUUCACAGCAUAUGCAGAUGCUUGCUUCUGGGAGUUUGGAGAUAGGGUUGCAUUUUGGACGACAGUUAAUGAGCCAAACAUCGGUAUAAUGGCCUCCUAUGAUGUUGGUAUAAUACCUCCCGGCCGUUGCUCGGAUCCAUUCGGAGCAACAAAGUGCACCGCUGGGGACUCCAGUGUGGAACCAUACAUAGCAGCUCAUAAUACCAUUAUGGCGCAUGCAUCGGUUGCCAGUUUGUACAAACAAAAAUAUCAAGACAUGCAAAAAGGAGUUGUUGGCGUAAGUAUCUACUCCUACUGGAGUUACCCACUGACAAAUUCCACUGUGGAUUUAGAUGCAACCCAGAGAUGUAAAGAUUUCUUCUUUGGCUGGAUAUUAAAUCCAUUGGUGUUUGGAGACUACCCACAAGUAAUGAAGAAGAAUGUUGGCUCUCGCCUUCCAUCCUUCACGGAAGUUCAGUCCGAACUUAUCAAGGGUUCUUUACAUUUUAUUGGAAUAAAUCACUACUAUUCUCUCUACGUGAAUGAUCGCCCUCUAGAAACAGUCAUUCGAGACUACAACACGGACAUGGCAGUUGAUUUAAGGGGUUCUAGGACAGGACCACUGGUUAGUCCGAGUGCCCCGCCAAAUGUCCCAAGUGACCCCAGAGGGUUGCAACUUGUACUGGAGUACCUGAAAGAAACCUAUGGGAACCUUCCCGUCUACGUCCAAGAGAAUGGUAUGGCAUCAGCCGACGACGGUCUAGAUGACGCCGAGAGGAUCGGUUUCCUGAGCAGCUACAUGGAAAGCACACUAAACGCAAUUAGGAACGGGGCCAACGUGAGAGGCUACUUCGUCUGGGCCUUCAUGGACCUGUUCGAGCUUCUGUCGGGCUACCAGUCGAGGUACGGGUUGUACCGCGUCGACUUCGCCGACGAGAGGCGGCCGCGGCAAGCCAGGCUCUCGGCUCGCUGGUACUCCGGCUUUCUCAGGCACAACGGAACCACUGCGCUCGUGUCGAGAGGGACGCAGGAGAAGCUAAGCGUCGUGUCACCCUGUGCAUUUCAAAACCGAACCGAAAAACCAUACCGAAAAUAA